AUGAACAACGAUGGCAGCACGGUAAGAGUAUCGAUAGGAUAGUAAUAUAGUUGACAUUAACUACUCUUUAUGACUUAAUUUUUAAUGUUAAGAAACGUCAUUUUUUGCCAAUAUUUAUCGAUGGAAAGUGUCCUUAAUUAUAUUGUUUUAGGCAGACUUGUCGAAUCAAGUGGGCCAGUUGUUCAUGAUGGACAGCGACUUCUUCCACUCGCCUUUCAUGAGGGACAAGAUACCAAAGAUACUGUUCAGUAAUGGUACGUUUCGUUAAAUUACAAGAAUUGGAAUAAACUAUAAUAUAAACUAUGAAUUUGAUAUUCUAUAAAACAUUUUUUACCGAAGUAAAGUUCAAAAUCAUACUGUAAUUUUAGGGAUGCGAGGUCUAGAAUCGUCGACUUUAAAGUUACCGACAUUUAACCAUGCCUUCAGUAUGAAUGAUGUCUCCAGUAAAGCUGUAGUAAAGGAUAUUCCUAUCAGAGUAAAAGUAAGCUAUAUUAUCAGCAAAGUUUAAAAGUAAGAGCUAUAAUAGUAAAUUUGUUUGACUUUUAUAGACCUUGGCAUCCAAUCCUACGUUUACUGAGAUCUCAAGUGUCCGAAACUCGACCCCGACCCCAUCGUUCCAUUCCACACGGUAAGUACAGAACACCAUUGUAUAAUAACAUAAAAACGUAUUGAUUAUAAGAUGUAUCAGUAUAUAUUACUCCACAUUAUUAACUCAUUUUAAAAUUUAAGGAUAACCAACCGAACACCUACUGAAUUUGAAUCUGUGCCAAACUUGGCACAAGAUUUCAAAGACAAACAUGACAUUAGGAGAACCAAUGAUUACAGUAGUCCUUCCUAUGCAGACAGAAGCAACAAUUAUCAACCAAAGUCAUCAAUAAGUUCAAAUAACUACCUGCCCCCUCCUUUUGUACCUUCUAGUACAUAUCAUCCUCCCAUGUCAAAGCCUUCUAACACAUUCCAAACAACUACAACUAAGUCGUCUGAUUCGUAUCAACCGACUGUAACUGUGUCAUCUAACACUUACCAGCCAAAAGUAACAAUGUCAUUUACGAGUUAUCAGCCAAGUGUAACAAUGUCAUCAAACUCUUAUCAGCCAAGCAGAGCGAUAUCACCAAAGACUUUUGAGAGAACUGACAACCACGGAUCGUUGAGGAAUCUGAGUUCUCAGUUUGGUGUAGCUAGUCAACUUUACAAUUCAGAAUCUUCCAGCAAGCCCGUUUACUCUUCGUAUCGUGAUCUACCGACUUCAGAAGACAAUAAGUUUGGGAACAGUUACCCAUCAGGAGACUUAAAGUAAGUUACCCUUUUGUCAAUUCAUAUUGCUAUAGUAGCUACAGAAGCUUCGGAAGGAGAUCUGAGACGCCUCCAUUGACACAAUCUAGAAGUCGGACCCCAGUGAUAACCUCUACAACUCCACAUAACUACACGUAGGUUCUCUAUCUUGGCUAUGACAAUGUGAUGACAAGGUUACCAAUUAUAGUUUUAAUUUUCAGAAGGGAUGUUUACAAUUCUUUACCUCGUCUUGUGCCUACACGACUCGAGUCUUCAACAGCUACAUUACCACCACUGAUAAGGCCAUCUCGAGAACGGAAGAUCAACAUUUCAGAUGUCCGGAAUCUUCCUCGACCUGCUGAAUCCGGCCCCGCGAAGCCGACGAGAAGUGUGGAACGAUCAACGAACGACUUCGGACUGUUUCCGUCUUCGUCGCUACAGUCGCUCCGCUCGCUCCAUCGAGACGUCAGAACGGAUCCUCCCUCAGCCUUCUACCGGACCAAUCCACCCAACGUUCGGGAAACCUCCUUCUCCUCCCGAACCACCAGCAACCCCGACCUCUACACGAAGAGUCUGACGCGGCCUCUGAAGUCUCCUGAUCUGGUCGACGAAGCUAUUCGAAGCCUGGAAAGCUUUGGCAAGUUACACUUGACCCUUAACAAUCUACUUAUAUUGUUUUAACUUCUAGAGAUUAACCUUUUGAAACCCCUAUAUUUUAGAUCCAAACGAGUACUUAACCAACGGACUGAGUACCAGCUAUUCAGUAUCAUCCCCCGGUUUGACAAAAGAAUUGGAAAUCAGUGCCAAUGAUGCCACAGUGAAUAUUCUGUCAUCUGAAAGGAUGAGUCUCCAGUCUCUGAUCGGCGAGCUACGAUCUCAGUGUCUUGGCUUCAAUGAACUGACAUCGAAGCCGGGCUGGAGAUCGUAUGGAGAGUUGGACUACAAACUGCCAGAGAUAAAACAACUUUUCUACAGUAUCCGCGGCAAUCUAGCCAAACUACAAAGUCGAUUGGUCACUGACAGAGUAAAUGCAUCGUCCGAUCUGAUGGAUACUGUAGCUAUAAUGAUGACAGAGUUCAACCAUAUCAGUGGUAAUGCGGACGACUGGAGCACUAGAAGAUUGUGGAGGGGAGCGUGGGCUUCGGAAACCAACGAUGAUCUGGACAAAUUCACAAGACUGUCACGUAGAGUAAGUUGGCCUACUUCAUAUAGACUUAGGUAACUAGCAAUUAUUUCAUAGUAAAUCUCAUAAAACCCGAUACCUAUAUUAUAAUUGAGAAACUGCAACGUUUACUGUUUUAGUUACUGAAUGUUAUGGAUGAACUGACGUCAGUCACAGACCGAACUUUGAGAUCCCCCCACAGCCCUACAACAAGAUCAGUGAAGACAGAAGAAAGGCUUACUCCAAACGGAUUCAUGAGCAGCCCCAACACCUAUAACAACACCAACUUCCUGAGCUCGAGUCCUCUCAUGAAUAGUAGUUACAGUAAGAACUUCGAGGUGAUGGAUGGUGGAGAAUCGACUACUAGUUCGACCACUUCGUUUAGCCCGACGAUCAGUCAAAAAAGUGUAACAGAAUCCAAAGACACACUGAUUCCACAGUCUGGAUACCUUCCUCCAGACUCUCCAGAAUCCAGGAUCGUGAUGGAGGAGGAUGAUCUAGCAUCACUUAGCAGCUCCAUGAACUUUGGAAAGGUAAAAACAAUUUUGAGUUUUUGGGGCACAAGAUAUCUUUUUAAAGUGAUGUAUGAUAUGUUAUUAUAAUAACAAAUUCAGAUUUCCCCACCUCCACCUAUCUUCGACCGAAGCCAACUGGAUGGGCAACUAUCGUCUACAGAGUUAGAGAUGGUGGAGUUCUGUGCCCCACAAGUCACCCAAAACAAUGAAAAGCUUAAUCGACUGGUCGAGGCAUUUUACAACGAGAUCGAGACUGGAGAAAGUCCAGAAAAGUUCGGCCAAAAAGCAAGAAUGGUAUGUUUUGAAAGACCUAUAAAACAGACUGUUACACCUUCCUAAAUCAGAUACUUUCAGAUUGUGAUGGUCGGAAAAGUGUUGACACAACUAGCCAAAAACAUCGGGUCAAGUCUGCAGAGUCCAAGUCACAAAAUGGAAUUCGAAAAAACGGGUGAUCUAUUGGAGAAAACGGUCGAUUAUUGCCAGGAGAGCAUAAACGAGGCAUUGAAACAGGUAAGAAGAUAAGCACGAGUUAACCGGUGUUGUGGUUCAAUAUUUUGUUAAAAUCUAAAUUACAGUACCCCCAAGUGCCAGCGAUAGAAUCUCUGAUAACGGUGAUUAACAGUAUCUGCCAACAAACCCAGAAUCUGUGUAUUCUGGUGGCGUUAUCCAUGUACCAAAGCAAGUAG